AUGAGUACUACUACCAAAAGCAAGAACCUAGUCAAGGUGUCCGUAUCUGAUUUCCCAACUUUCGAUGGCAACCAGAAAAACUGGAAACCAUUCAAGAGAGAAGUCACUUCAACAAUGGGACUCCUACAGUUGACUAGCUUACUCAGUGUAACAAAACUCACUGAUAUACCCGGCUACACAGCCAAGACAAUAUCGGUUCCACUUUACAAGACCCGCAAUCAAGAAUUCUACUCGAUCCUAUCCAAGAAACUAGCCAAGGGAAAUGCAGCCUCAAAGGUAGAUGCACACCUGGCUACCAUGGAUGGUGCUCUUGUGUGGAAAGAUAUGUGUGACUAUUAUGACUUUGGGGGAGAUAAGGAAAGCCGUAUCACAUCACUGAUUGGAGACCUAACCAAACAUUUUCUGCAUCCAGAAAGUCAUGGAGGUUUUGAUUCCUACCAUAACCUAUUUGUUGAAAAAUGCCUCGAGCUCGACAAUGCUGGCAUUAAAGUCCCUCCUGCAAUUCAAAAGACCUUGUUCCUCGAAGGCAUCAAAGACAGGGCUUAUGAAUCUGUCAAGGAUAGCUGUACCAGCAUUGACUAUGAUACUGCAGUGGACAAGCUUUGA